AUCCUCGCCAUGCUCGCGCGCUCCGUCGCCUUUGCCGGUCUUGUGGCCUCUGCUGCCGCCUUCUCUCCCUCCAUGUCCCUCGCCGGACGCAGGGAAGUUGUCCAGGCUGGAGCUGCUGCUGCUGCGGUCACUCCCUUCCUCGGUUCCCUCCCUGCUGGAGCAAAGAUGGAUAAGUCUGCGCGCGCUCCUGAGAUCACCAUCUUCGAUCACAGGGGAUGCAGCCGCGCUCCCAAGGAGUAUGCCGGCGCCAAGGCCGGAACUUCUGACGACGAGAUGUGCGUCAAGGUCGCCAGCACCAAGGUUGAGGCCUCCCUCACCCUGGCUGAGAAGAAGCUCCAGGAGUUCCUCUCCUACCAGGCUAAGGGAAUCGAUGGCGACUACACCGGCGUCGUCAAGAGGGUCGGAAAGUAAAUAUUCUCCUGAGCUCGUCUCUGUGCUGUAUUUUUUCUUUCCUCAGUAAUAAACAUACAAAGAGAACUCG